AUGGGCGAAAGCCACGACAUCGAUGCCCACCCUACUUCGACCGCAGAUACAGACACGCGGAAGUCAAAGCGGCGGAAGAUAUCAAACCCACAGUCAGGGAUCCGGAAUCAUGCUCAUGCACGGCUACGAAACAACACGGUAAGAAAGACCUCGGGACGCAGACGCCUUGGUCCUCACCCACCACGAGAUCUCCAUCGACAGACUGGCAAAGCAAAACCUGACUCUGGCCUCUCCACUCCGCAAGGAACAUCAAAUGGGGAUCCCAAGUUCUCGCUGUCCUUCGCGAAAUCCAUCCUUGACAAGAUCUGGAUCCGCAACAAGAACCAGCACCGGACCCAACCGUGGUGGAAGUCUCUGUCGAUGUUGAGGAAAGCAGUCUCCCGACUUGUGCUCAUCGAGCAAGAGGAACGGUCUCUGCGUCGGGGCCUGAUGAUGGGCCAGCAGGGCGCUGCUACUGCCAUGGACGCCAAAGCCGUGAGGAAAAGGUUCGAGCGUGAAACGGAAAUCCGCGGAGAAAAGCAGGUCUGGGUCGAUUGGAUUCGUCUGGUGUUGGUGCCCAAGGCUUAUCUUGCCUUUUCCGGGCUGGUGAGUGAUACUCAAUUUGCACACCUGGGGAUUGUGCUGGUUGGGCUUCUUGCCGAUGUGGUCAGUAGUGUGGGUCUGCCGACCCCAAGCCAGCAGCAAGAAGACGAAGUUGAGCAGGGAGGAGGGACACGGAUUACGGCAACAAGAAGGGGCCAAUCCGAGACUGGGACUGCAAGUGCACAGGCAAGAAGUCUCACGGCCAUGAGUACCAGGGUUACGGGCUUGCAGAGCGGUGAGAUCGUGGAGAGGACGUACGACAGUGAUGACCUCGGAGAAGUGGUCGAAAGAAAGCGAAGAAGUGACCCCAAUCAGGGGCAGGAGCAGGAGCAGAAGCUGAGUCAAGCUACGACCACCCGUUCAUGGCCUGGUAGCGUUACAGACCGUGGUCCAGCUCUCGGAGGAAAUGAAGAUCAAGCACUGGUGGCCGGUCCUGCGGCCGAGGGCGUUUCCAGAAAUGACAAUACAAUCAGAGCCACGCAGGCACGAAGGCAAGAGAAAGAGAACCCCUCCUCCACGGCCGAAAGUCCUACAGCACCUUCGCUAUCGCCCUCACUGUCAGGAUCACUCCCCACUUCUCAAAGAGACCCCCCCACCAUAUAUCAAGACACCGUCGCCGUUCCUCCUCCUCCUCCUGCUCCUCCUCCUCCUCCUGCUCCUCCUCCUCCUCCUGCUCCUCCUCCUCCUUCUCUCCUCCCUCAACAUCCACCCGUUCCGCCGUCCAGAACAACUUCGAUUCUCAAAGACACGCAGAAGCAGACCACACCACCCAUUGCGGAAACCCACGCCAGGAAGGAGACGAGAGACAACAAAGGCAAACCCAAACCCGGUUCCAAACGCAGCACCACCACCACCACCACCACGAAGGGUAAAGACAAACACAAAGACAAAGGCAAAGAAAAGGGGAAAGGGAAGAGCGCCAUCGACGAUCUGUUCGCCGGCUUGACGUGA